AAACCCAAGCUGCUGCCCAGCCCACCACCACCCCGGCUCCCAUCCGACUGGCGACGCCGCCGAGCCCGUAUCGUCUCCGUUUAUGCGUUCGAUGCUUGGUCAGGAUCAGCCGCAGUCCCGUCUGGCCUCGCCUGCGUCGGUGCUGCCGCCGUCGAUGCUCUCGUCGUCGUCCUCGGCCGUGGCUGCAAAUGUCAGAUCGCUCGUUCAGCACACGGCUGAUCCAGCUGGGAUCAAGACCGAAGGCGAGAUCCAGGAGCUCUGUGGAUCCGCCCUCCAGAUCCUCUCCAGCCGCAUGAGCACCAUGGCCCGCGAUGAACACCACGUCGUCUCGAUGAUCAAGAAGAAGCUCCUCCGCAAGGCCGGCAACUCAGACUCGGCUCUGCAGUUUUCUCGGCUCCAUGCGAGCCUCUGCACCAAGCAUGCCCUCAAGCGGCGCUUCGAGAUCCUGUACUUUCUCAUGGCCGUCGGAGACCAGAGUGAGGCUAGUCUGGCAUCGCCCGGACUUUCGCAGAUUUUGUCCUCCAGUAUCCGCCAGCACCGAGACUUGGUCGAGGAGAAGGUUGCUGAAAGCUUGUCGAGUUUCGAGCCCGUUCCAAGUGUCGAGCACACCUCGGCGUCCGACCGGAUGCUGUCCAAGAUGCAACUCCUCAACAGCUACUACGCUGACGACGACACUCCCGUACCCGAGGCUCAUCUGCUGCGAGACAUUGUCUUUGUAUUCCAGGGCAUCGACGGCCGAUACAUCCACUACCGGGCUGAACACGACGCCUAUGUGGUUGAUCCCUCCGCCAACAUUUCCAACCCCGUCCGUGGCCUUCUCGCCAAGCUCAGCGAGAUGGGACUGCUCUACCGCAAGAUCGGCCUGUUUGUCCAAGAGUCCCAGCGCGACCCCUCGCAAGGUCUGAUCUGCCAGAGCUUUGCAUCGGCCCUGCAAAGCGAGAUCACCGAUUACUAUCGAUUUGUGGCUGUCAUCGAGGCUCAGCUUCAGGAACCAGGCGACCCGGCCAGAUUCCUGGGCAAGGGGCUGACUCUCAAGCGCCUUUGUGUCUGGACGCACGACCCUCUGCAGCGCCUCAGAGUACUGAAUGUCCUGAUCGAUGCCGUUCGAGGACACCGCGGCGGUGCUCUGAUAUCACAGAUCCACAACUACAACAACCAUGGCGACCCACUCGUCAAAUCGUUUAUCCAGUCGUUGUUGGUGAAGGUGACCAAGCCCUUCUAUGACAUGCUGAAGCGCUGGAUCUAUGAGGGCGAGCUCGAGGAUCCGUACGAAGAGUUCUUCAUUGCGUUUUCGUCACCGGACCUGGUGGACCACGAGAACCACUGGCGCACAAAGUACAGCAUUCGUCUGGAGAUGGUGCCGGCAUUCAUCAACUCGGCUGUGGCAAAGAAGAUACUGCUCAUUGGAAAGUCCAUCAACUUUAUCCGGUUUGACUGCGGCGACGAGUCGUUUGUGGUUCGGCGGAGCAAAGAAUCAUCGAACCAAAAGGGACUCAGUUUCGACGACUACAGCUCGCUGGAGGCCACCAUCGACACGGGAUACACCCUGACCAGCCAGUACCUACUCGACUCUCUGUUUGGAAAGUUCAAGCUGAUUGAGCACCUGAUGGCGCUCAAGCGAUACCUGCUCCUUGGCCAAGGCGAUUUUGUGCAGUACCUCAUGGAUACGCUUGGGCCAAGCCUCUCGAAAUCGGCCGCGCUCACAUUCAAACACAACAUCACGGCGACCCUGGAGGCCGCCAUUCGAGCAUCAAAUGCACAGUACGACCACCCGGAUAUCGUUCGGCGUCUGGAUGUUCGCUUGCUCGAGAUGUCUGAGGGCGACACCGGAUGGGAUGUCUUCACGUUGGACUACUAUGUCGAUCCGCCGCUCAACACCAUCCUGAACCCGGACGCCAUGAUGACCUAUCUCAAGCUGUUUUCGUUCCUCUGGCGGCUCAAGCGCAUUGAGCAUGUGCUUUCGACAACAUGGACCCGGCACAUGCAGACGGCGAAUAGCUUCCGGCGGCUGGAAGAUGUACGAAAGGACGUGCACACGUGUCACGUUGUCUGGGGCGAAAUGAUCCAUUUCAUUCAGCAGUUGCAGUACUACAUGCAGUUUGAGGUUCUCGAGUGCUCCUGGGACGAGCUCUAUGGGUUCAUCAAGUCCAAGCCUGGCGACCUGGACCAACUCAUCACGGCACACAUACGGUAUCUAAACAACAUCUUGACCAAGUCUUUCUUGGCCACGAUGCCGGGCCCGUCGCAAGUGUCGAUCUCAAGUCGGUUCCUGAAGCUGUUUGAAAUCAUUCUCAAGUUCAAGCAAGUGCAGGAUGCACUGCAUGACUACUGCAUGAUCGCUCUGCGGCUGAGGAGUGACAACGAAAAGACAAAGUACAGGCAAAGACUCGAGAAGUCGAUUGGCCUUGCCUCGGGCGAUCACACCAGCGAUGUCGCUGUUCUGGACCCUGAAAAGCUCGAGAAGAUACGGUCGAUGAUCAGCGGCGUAUCCAAAGCCUUCAGGGACGAGCUCAAAGACCUGCUCGCCUCGCUCUCGGCCUAUCCGGAUUCGAACCUCAAGUUCCUGAACUUCAGAGUGAAUUUCAACGAGUUCUAUUGAGGAAUGCAACAAUAAAAGAGAGAUCCCGGCUUGCCCCCAACGCACCGCGCGCUGGUCAGGACUCAUCGCUGCUCGAUCGCUGGAUCUGUGCUUCUCCGUCCCGAGUCACCCCCAACAUCCAGCGUGAGCAUCGUGAGCAUUCGUGUGGUUGUGCUUGUGUGGGUUGGGGACGACUGCGCUGCUCCAACCGCGCCAAACAUGG